AUGAGAGAUUCUAAUCACGGCUGGAAUGGUGCCGAAAACCGCCAAAAAAACCAAGGUUUCAAGCCUAAAAACGAUCAAAGCUCGACUUUUGACGAUGGACUUUUCGAUAAGUUGCAAGAAGUGCUGAACACGAUUGAUCUCGUCAAUGACACGGCAUCCAAUGACUACAAGCCCGUAAUUUCGUUUUUUAAUAGUCGAUUUCCGCCCCAACUGACGCAAUCAUGGUCGUACCAUGCGCAAGUCAAUAACCAUGCAAAAUUCACAAAUUGUACAUCUAAGCUAGCAAAGGCCCUGAGAGUGCUGGGAUCUGAUGCUAGUACAUUGGAAUAUGGAUCUUCUUUGAUCCGGUCAAUUCUGCAUGAGAAUGUCAAAGUCCUUUAUCGUGGACUUAAUAAUAUGAAACCGGCAACCACGAACUCGGUUCUGCGUCUAAUGCGGCAAAUCGUGGCUUUCAAUCACGGCCAAUAUGUGGACGAUUUUCUAACAUACUUUGAUUUGGCUUUGCCCAGUCUCGUGCGCAUUCUAACACCCAUCAGGGCGGAAUUGGCAGAUCCCGAAAAUUGCAAGACCAAUCCCGAUAUGUCAAUGCGCUACAAUUUUCUAACUUUCUGGCUCACUUUGAUAGAAAAUGCCAACCCAAUAUUGCGAAAAGCGGUAUUAACAGAGAAUUCACGAAUCAUGAGCACUUGGUUCAAGCAUAUGACGAAAGUGGACUCUAUAAAGCUUAUGAAGCAUUGCGUCAGUACGUUAAUGGAAAAGGUGCUGCGAGAAAAGUCCAUGAGAAGGGUCACGAAGUGCAAAACUCUAAACGAGUUUUUUAUCAGCAAGCUUCACUUUUUCUACCGCUCUACCGAUGUUGAGCUAGUAAAAGCUGUCGACGAGUUUUUCGAGCUCUAUUCCACGGUUGAUGAAUGCAGUGUCGCAUUUUCCGACGACAAGGUAUGGUUUUCUGAGCCCGUGUAUGCCAAGGCAGGCCCACAAUCUCAGAGCAGUGGAGCAAUGGUCAUGGUUAACAACAAGAAAUUCUACCUUUACAAUAAACUCCUCUUUACGAUGCUGACAUUUUUCAAACCUUGGGAAGAUGAAACGCAACUGAACAGAGUCAUACAAGUUUUGCAUUCAGUGCCGGAACUUGUCGCACCUUACUGCACCUUUCUAAAUACACUGGGCAGUCACGAGCCUAAAAUGACAUCCUACUGGUUUGGAAUGACUCUUCUUCUUGGUCGCAUUAUCAACUUACCCAUUCCUCAAAAAAUUUUAGACGUGCAGACCGAUGAGCAGCCCGUGAGCAGUAUAGUUAUGGAGUCCAUUGCACCAUCCUCAUUAACGAGAGCUUCAUUGACCAAGGCUUUACUGUACGAUGUGCCUCUAAUCAAACAAAUGGCUUGUCAGCUACUCAUUUUUUCUUUCAAAAAGCUUGAGCAAGUUUUCAAGCUUUACGACGACAAAGGAUGGACGUCUGCAAAGACAGAUUUGGUAGGACGUCUGAAAUUAACACUUCCAGAGCUACCAACCAUCUCGGCAACACUGGAGUUUGUCAGUCGUAAUAACAGUGAGAACAAAAUUUUAGCUGCAUCAGUAUCGCUUGUAUUGAACCAUUACAGCAAGCUUUUCCCUCUGGGAUUUGCACUAUCGUUGCCACAUGAUAACAUUUACUCAAAAGUUUUCGCUGCCAAAUCUUUUUCAGCAUUGGAUCUUGUCAUAAUCGACAAUUUUCUACAGUUUCAAGAGCUCAACAAUUCGCAAACUAAAUGGUAUAAUCCUAAUGUUGAUGAAAAUUCGACAUUCACUACUUUACUCAAGUUGGCGUCAUCCACAAAUACCACCUCAUCCCUAAUCAAAAAAAUAACGUCGCUACUCGACACUUUAUUGAAAUUCACCCCAGUUUUCAAUGAAAAUCUGAUAGCUUCUCCCACCCUCGCACUCAUUAACUGUCUUCAGAUUGUUGUGAGGAGCGAUUUUGCGGAUAAGGAAAUACAGCAAGAGAAAGUGUGGAAGCUUUUGGACGAGACGGUGUCUAGAACUGUGAAAACUCCUUACAAAUACGUGGACAACUCAGCUACUUAUGGCUACUGUUCACCGUUCCUAGUUGCUUUGGUAGAGCAAUAUCAUUACACAGACACGGCGAGUGCACAUGAUGCUGUACUCAAAUGGCUGCUAAUCUUUGCUAGGAGCGCAGUGUUCAUCGGAGAGCCGUUAGAUGGCGUAAAGCACUUAAUGAGAUCUGUUCGUACAAUACCUGAAGCACUGAUAACAACGUUUCUCACUUUAGAACAAGACGAGGAAACUUUAAAUUCUUUGCGACAGCCAGAGAACUUGGUGGUGGGUGAUUUGGAAUUCUCUUUUUUUCAACUAGUCACACUGACACCAGAGUUGGAACUAGACGCUCUAGUAAGGUAUCCCGUUAAUGAUCUUGACGUGGCUGGACUUUUCAACCGGCUUCUCUCAGUCUUGAGUCAAGACGAAGCCAUAACAUCCUUCGAAAAGUUCUCAUUCAUUGUUGACAAUUUACUUUCUAAGCUGAUGAGCUAUGCUCUUUCGCAAACGAGUUUCAAGUCCAAGCUUGUUGAGGAACGAUUUUUCGUCAAAUGCAUGGUUAGCAAAACAAUAGACACCAGCAAUUCUACAGCAUGUGAGAAAUACGCAUACGUCUCGAACAGCAUAAUAAGCAUCUACUCUCAACUUGGAGAGACUAUGACGUCCUUCCGCAACUACGUUCACGAUCUCUGGAUAACAUGUGCCGAACCAUGGAGAACGAACGAAAAACUCAGCUCUGUACUCAAGAAUGGACUGUCUUUCUUGACCUCUGACCAACUCCAUGAAAUUCUACAGUCGCUGCUUGCACACAGUCAGAGACUUUUGCCGGUUGUUGUUGAGGAGCUUUAUUGUCGAAAAAUCCAGAUAACUAAUAAGCAAUUCAUGAGCUUGCUUAUGCAACAUGAUUCUGCCCUUGCUCCUUUUUUGCGUGGCUUUAUCAAAUUUGAACUGGUCAAAGCACCGCAGUAUGAUGAGAUUGUUCCCGCUGCCUUACAGUUUGCAUGCUACAAGCAGGUAAUCGAGGAAAUACUGAAAAUCAGAGAAGGCGCUGCUGCUUUGUUACAGUUUGUUAACAUGAUAAAAGACGAAGGAUUGAUGGUAAUGACAGCUGCAGCCUUGAGCUCUGCGGGAAGCGAAAUCGAACCCUCGUUCUUGGACAAUGCCUUAUCGAUUGCCUUUGAAAACUUGAGAACGUGGAAGGAUUCGGACCUCGACGCAGCGAUCAAACUGUUUGAUAACAACCACGACAGACUUUCAGAUACUCGCAGACGUGAGAUUGUUGACAUCAUUACCACGAGAGCUGACAGUAGAUUUACUCCACAAGUACCAAAUUUCAUUGCUCAUCAAGCUGUAGAAAACGAGAAAGGCGUACGGUCAUGGAUACAGCUUUCUCUGAUAUUUAUCACCAAGAACAUUGUGGAAAGAGCAAAGCCGACGGAACGUUUCUCUGAAUUUGUAAAGAGCUUUCUCAACCUGCAUGAUAGGAAAAAUCUUUGGAGCCAAGGAUUCACAGCAAGCCUCAACUCUCAAGUAGAAGCUAUUGUCAGUGGUGGCUGGGUGACGUAUUCCGAUAUCAUGGAGUAUCUUAAUAAGAUCAUUCUGGGAGCAGCGAAAGCACAACUAAGCGGCAGCAAAAUGCUGCAGCUGCUAUUAAACAACGACAAGAUGUGUUUCAACAAUGGCGCACACGAUUCUCGUCUCAAAUUCCUGACGGCCAGUUCCAUUUUCAUUCUUUUUAACGCCGAUUCAGCCGGUUGCUCUAAUCCAAUAGUUCAGGAGAAGCUACUGCAAUUCUACGGGGGCACAAUAAGCCCUUCUGACAGGAUGAUUCUGAACAUACUGGAACAGAUCGAAUCCAAAACUCUUUCUUCGUGGACUAAUCGCAUUUUUGCUUGGGAUUAUCAGGAUGUGCCUGAAAACUUUGAAGAAAACACGGCUAAUAACAAUCUCAUUGUGAAGGAGCAGGAGGGAUUUAUUGUGACGAUAAGAAAGAAUCUGGUCAACUUUAGUGUUGACAACUUUGCUUUGACAUUGCCACGACUACCUUCUAUGGCGCGCGAGGGCCCAUCUCACAUGUGGGCCGAAUUUGUAACCCUUCGAGAACAAACAGAUGCUGAAUACACAGAACUGCAAUACAAAGUGUAUGACCCCAUGUUUUUGUUGCUUGCGAUUGUGAGCAAUGAGGAACUAUUCAGAUCCAAAGAUUCUUCUUUGCAAGACCAACCUGACACAUCUGUUUUCGACAUGAAAAAAGUCGUCGACUCUGGCUUACUAGAGUUCAUUGUGAUGUGUUUGGCUACCGACACUGAGGUUGGUGAACUAGCUUUAUUGUUGGUUUAUAAAAUGCUUGACUCUCUGGAAGUGGGCAAUUUUAGAGACAAGCAUGCUUACAAGCUUUUCCUGACGAAGAUAGCCUUUACAUUCUACUCGGAUAAGAAUAAGAGCGAACCUGAGGCGCAAAAGGCUCCGCCCCUGAUCUGGUAUAUGGCGGCACGUUUAUCGACCGUCUUGGGCCAGCCUUCUUCCUUUCUUUAUGAAAAAGCGAAUCGUUGGGUGCUUGCGUCUCCUUCUGUCAAUUCUUGGCAACUUCCACUAUAUGAAACCGCUGUGCUGGCAAAAAGAGAUGAUGACGCUGAUCAAUAUUACAGAUAUUUGCAUUGGUUCCUCGAAAGCAUCCAGCAGGGCCUGAAAACGGAUCAAGAUCUUAACCUUCUUAGGUCUCGAGGCCUUCUUGAAUGGAUAAUGAACUUGUUGAACUCGCCAUAUAUUACUUUAAGAGUGCGAAGCUUGAUAAGCUUGAUAAUCUACAAGAUUCAGAGAUUAGAGGCAGGUGGCCCAUCACUUUUAACUCGACAUGCGAGCGCAUCAUUCUUGGAAAACCUGCAAAUUCACACGCAACGAAAGCUUCUGACAUCAAACGCGGAACGUUUUUCUCGCGCAAAGAAUAAGCUUCACUUGAUGCAAAAUCUAGUUUUGCACCAAUGUCAAAUCAACUAUUCCGAGUUGGGCGCUGGUUUGGCCGUUGUCGCGAAUUCCAGAAAGCGGCUUGUGGAAUGGAUGGAGGGAGAUUCGGAUAACUUUUUGAAACGCAUCCACCCUUCUGACUAG